AUGACAGAAUCUGUGGAUAAGCAAGAGCUGGGUAAAAUCCAGACACCUUGGCACACAAUUUCUGAUGUGGAGUUGAUAAAAAGCUUGAAUACGAACACAGAAUCAGGGCUCAGCGAAGACUCGAUUGAUCAACUGAGACAAAGAUAUGGAUGGAAUGAAUUAAAAAAGGCGGAAACAAAGAGCCUGCUUGCAAUGGUGUUUGAGCAGUUUACAGAUCUCAUGGUUAUUAUUCUUUUGGUAGCCGCAGUUAUCUCAACCAUCAUCGCUUUCUUAGAUGGCGAGUCAGGGAUUGUUGGGUAUAUCGAACCUAUCGUCAUUCUUUUAAUACUGAUCGCUAAUGCCGUAGUUGGAGUUUGGCAGGAAUCAAAUGCAGAAGCAGCGCUAGAAGCCUUAAAAGACCUCAUGCCAGAGCACGCAAAAGUCCUUACCGCCCCGCCCCAUCCAUAAACUAGCAAAAUCAUUUGAAUAAUCCAUAUUUUUGCUUAAAAAUCCACCUCUGUGAACAAAAAUUUAUUUAAUAUAAAAAAUUUUUAUGAAAAAAAUAUUUAUAUAUAAGUGAUAAUUAUUAUAAUGAAAUCUCUGCUAAUUCUGUUUAAUUUUAAACAGCUUGACAUAAAUUUUACAAAUUAAACAAAUAUUUGCUUUCCAAUUUUUACUAAUUGGGAUUUUUUAAAUUUCUAAAAAAAAAAUUUUACUAUUCUAAUUUCCCAUGGAUAGCGCUAUUUUGGCCUUGAUUUUCCCACUGGGAAACUUUUUUGGUUCGACCAGUACCAUAUAGUUUGGUCAAACCAAAAAAUUUUCCCAGUGGGAAAAUCAAAGCCAAAACAGCGCCAUCUACAGGAAAUUGCAAUAUAAAAUUUAUAUAUAAUUUUUUUAAAAAAAAAAAAUUAGCCUGCUCUGUGAGCGAACAACAAUUUUGUUGUUCGCUCAAGAGGGGGAAGUUAGAAGCGGCACUUGGAGCACUGUCCUUGCAAGAGAAGUGAUCCCUGGCGAUAUUGUGGAGAUGACAGUCGGCUCGAAAGUCCCUGCUGACGUCAGAGUUUUGAAAUUGCUGACACCAUCUUUCAGAGUGAAUCAGUCACAUUUAACAGGAGAAACUAAGGAUAUUGCUAAGCACCCAGGCCCUCUCGACCAUGGAGAUGUAGUCUUACAAGACAAAACCAACAUUGCUUUUUCAUCCUCCACCAUUGCUGCUGGAAGUGCCCUUGGAGUCGUCGUCGAAAUUGGCAUGACAACCGAAAUCGGAAAAAUGCAAAAAGAAGUUACUGAAGCCAAUGAAGAAAGAACCCCUCUACAAGAAAAAUUAGACGAAUUCGGGAAUUUAUUAGCAAAAGUAAUUUUCGGUAUCUGUGCACUGGUGUGGAUUAUGAAUUUCAGAAACUUUUUCGAUGAGGCUCAUGGGACUCCUAUUAGAGGAGCUAUCUAUUACUUCAAAAUUGCAAUUGCACUAGCUGUAGCUGCAGUCCCUGAAGGGCUUCCUGCUGUAAUUACCACUUGUUUAGCACUCGGAACCAGAAGAAUGGCUCAGAGAAACGCAAUUGUAAGAAGACUCCCAAGUGUGGAAACUUUAGGGUGUACAUCAGUCAUUUGCAGUGACAAAACAGGAACUUUGACUACAAAUGAAAUGACUGUGACUGAUUUCUUUAUCCCUGACAGACUCAAUGAAGGUUACAAAGCUUUUUCAGUUUCUGGAAACGGAUUUAAAGUUGACGGAAAAGCUGAAGGUCUUUCUCCAGACUAUUUCAAUGACUCUUUUAGACAAUUUUUACUGUCAGCUUCUCUUUGUAAUGACUCUAAAAUUGAAUCUGACGGAGUCCAAUAUAAAAUUAUUGGUAUGGCCACUGAAGCUGCUAUUCGUAUUGCAGUUGAAAAAAUAGGGAAAACUGAUAAUUCAUUUAAAAAAGCUGGGUAUUAUUCGGAGCAUGUGAUAGGAAAUGAGUUUAAAAAAUUAGUCACUCUUGAAUUUACUAGAGAAAGAAAAAGCAUGAGCUCACUUUGCAAUCAGAAAAACACUGGUAGAAAUAUUCUUUAUGUAAAAGGUGCCCCAGAAAGCAUCAUAGAGAGAUGCUCAAGGAUUCAUUUGUCAAAUGGAGUUGCUCAGAUGACUCAAAGCAUGAAGCAAGAUGCUUUGGAAAGAGUAGUUGGCAUGAGCAAGCAAGCUUUAAGAUGCAUUGCUUUUGCAUAUACUGAUGAUUGCCGUGAACUCACUGAUUAUAAUGGAGAAAACCAUCCUGCACAUCAUCUAUUAGAAGACUAUGAAAAUUUCUUACACUUUUGGUCAAAAAUAUAGUUAGACAUUUUUUAUUUUAAUAGGAUAAUAAGGUUCCGUACCAUUUGAUGAGAGUAUUUUUCUUGGUGGCAUUUAUUUAGGAACUUUUAGUUAAAUUUUUUUUACACGUGAUAAUUGGAUAGAAUUUUUAAGUAUUUUUUUCGAAGCAAUUAUCGAUAAAAAGGUAAACCAAAAAAUCGAGCAAAUGUCACGCGAGAAAAAAAUUCCUAUCAAAUGGCUGGCAGCGGAUAAUAAGUGAACUAUUACAGAUGAGUUAAGUUAAGUGAUAUAAGGCCAUAAGCGGAUAGGCCACUAGCCUUACUAGCCCUUCUUGGCAGGGACAGAGAAAACUUCCAGGGUAAAAACAAACUUUCCUCUUCAGCAGAUCCCCAAACCAGAAGACCUACAUCAAAAGUGACAGAGGCACUAUUUCCAACUUCACCAGGACAGAACCUACCAACUCCAUAGGGAUUGCUCCUGGAAUUCAUUUUCCAUCGCCAUCAGAUUUUAUUCCUGCUAAUGAGUUAGGGUUCGAACAAAAUCUAAUAUUUUUAGGAGUUAUGGGCAUGAAAGAUCCUCCACGUCCAGAAGUCAAAGAAUCAAUUGCUCUGUGCAAGCAGGCUGGAAUCAAAGUUUUCAUGAUUACUGGCGAUAACAAACUUACAGCCGAAGCAGUCGCAGACAAUAUCGGCAUCACCACAGGAAACACCGUCAGUUUGACUGGAAUUGACCUCAACAAAAUGCCAGAAAGCGAGCUCUCCAAAGCUCUUCAAGACGCCGAUGCCUGCAUUUUCAGCAGAACCGAGCCAAGACACAAGAAAAAGCUUGUGCAAUUACUUAAAAGCUCAAGAGAAGUUGUCGCUAUGACUGGAGAUGGAGUCAACGAUGCCCCAGCUUUACAAGAAGCCAACAUUGGAGUCGCUAUGGGCAUAGCUGGCACAGAAGUUGCUAAAAGGGCAUCCGACAUGAUUUUAGCUGACGACAAGUUUUCAACAAUCGUCGCAGCUGUUGAAGAAGGUAGGUCCAUUUAUAACAACACAAAAGCCUUUAUCAGGUAUCUGAUCUCCUCAAAUAUUGGAGAAGUUGUAAGCAUUUUCCUGACUGCUAUGCUUGGACUUCCUGAAGGUUUUACUUCAGUUCAACUAUUGUGGGUAAACUUAGUCACUGAUGGGCCUCCAGCUACCGCUUUAGGAUUUAACCCACCUGAUCUUGACAUCAUGAAAAAGCCGCCAAGAAGACAUGACGAGCCUUUGAUCAGCAACUGGGUUUAUAUCAGAUAUUUCGUAAUUGGUACUUAUGUAGGUGCAGCUACAGUUGGGAUCUUUGUGUACUGGUAUUUAUACUUCGAUGGUGGCGACUCUCAUCCACUAGUCGCUUAUUCUCAAAUUUCAAACUGGUCAGAGUGUCCUGGCUGGAAAGAUUUUUCACUUCCUGACUGGAACGGGCUUGACCUGUCCCACCACCCAUGCUUAUAUUUCACUGAAGGCAAAACCAAAGCUAGCACUCUAUCUUUAACAGUCCUUGUGGUCAUAGAAAUGCUUAACUCCCUCAACGCUCUUUCAGAAGACACUUCCCUCAUCCACAUGCCUCCAUGGGUGAAUCCUUGGCUUUUACUUGCAAUUUCUGGGUCAAUUGUCUUACACUGCUUAAUCCUUUACGUUCCUUUCUUAAACGAAGUUUUCGGAAUUGUCCCAUUGACAUCUCAAGAGUGGAUUUUAGUCAUGAUUUUCUCAACGCCAGUAGUCCUGAUUGACGAGUGUCUCAAAUUUUUCGGCAGAGUCAGAAGCAGACGUAGCCAAGUUAUUCACAAAAAAGAUAAAUAA